AUGAAGAAGAAAAAGGAAAAAAGUACAGACAGAUCAGCAUCUAGAAAAAUAAAUGUGAGUUUGGAAAAAUCUAUAACUUGUGUAAAUAGUAGUUAAUUGAAUGUUUUGCAGAAAACAAAGCAAUCCGAAAAAGGAACUAACAAUAGAAAGGCUAUUGAAAAAUCGACAAAAAGUGCAAGAUCGAGUGCAAGACGGAAAAGGGUUAGUUUAAAUUGGAAUUGCAAGAUUUCUAGAUCUCACUGUGCUGGAACUUUAAUGAAAGGACAACUUGAAAAACGUGGUCUUUUUUUCAGUUUUUCUCCAGUUGAAUUCAGAGAGAAACUGAAAUCUCAAAUAAAUUUUAUUUAGACCCCAGUGAAGAAGGAACGAAGUAAAGAAUGUGUUGUUUCUGAUCCUGACAUGCUCAAAACCAUAUUCGAUCCAAUCACAUUCACAUUCAAAAACGAAAAAAUCAUUGAUCCUGGAGUUGAUAAUCAAACAAGUGCUCAGAAAAAAGCAUUCGAAAAUUUCGCUCGAAAAAUAGUUGGAUUAGGAGUUGAAGGUUUGAUCAAAGAAUAUGAAACAAAUAUUGUUGGAUUCAUGCCAAAUGGUUAUUAUUCUCGAGUUAUUUUCGAUAAAAACACUCCACUAAAAAAGAAUCGAUAUAAAGAUGUUGUUUGUAAUGAUUUGACUCGAGUUAUAUUGAGAGAUGGAAGACCUGGUGAUUAUAUUCAUGCAAACUAUGUUCGUGGAUUACGACCUCAAAUUAUUCUAACUCAAGGACCAAUCACAGAUAGUGUAUUCGAUUUUUGGAGAAUGAUUUUGCAAGAAAAUGUUCAAUUGAUUGUAAUGCUUUGCGAACACAUUGAAAAUGGGAAAAAGAAGUGUAGCGCUUAUUUUCCUCUUCAUCCAGGAAAAACACCAAUGGAAUUGGGUGAUAUGCUUAUAACAACUGAAUCUGUUAAUCAACUCGAUUCUCAUAUCAUUUCGACAAUUAUUUUGGUGCAAGAUCGAUUUUUGCGAAAAUCAAUACGAAUUGUUCACCAUCGUAUAAUUACUUGGUAAUUUUUUAAUCAAAGUAAUUUUCUAACUCUAAAUAAUUUUAGGCCCGAUAAAACAGUGGCAAAAUCGAAUUUAUGUAUACUUCGAACAUUGCGAUUCGUGAGAGCUCAAAAGAAUCCGGUUGUAGUGCAUUGUUCGGCUGGAAUUGGAAGAACAGGCACAUUUGCGGCAAUUGAAGUGGGAAUCCAAGCAAUUAUGAACGGAAAUGCAAUGAGAAUGACAGAUAUUGUGAGAGCAAUUCGACGUGAGUUUUUAAUAAAAACGGGAGUGAAGACCUGCUUCAAUUUUCGAAGGCUAGGCUUUUCAGUUGAUCUUUGGACUCCAUUUCAGUGAUCCAGGAUUUUUUGUAUUCACAGUGCAACAUAUUUUUGCAGACUGCCGAAUAAAUAGUGUUCAAAUGGACACUCAAUUUCUAAUGUUGGCUGAGGCGAUAAUUGAUUGUGGCAAAUCAUUUCGAUAUAUUAAUGAUCCCCAGAUUUUGGAAUCGUUUGAAGAAUUCAAAACUGAUGUUGCACAAUAUGUUCAAGAACAUCCGCCGCCACCAGAAAAAAUGGCACGAGGAGGAUCGAGGGAAAAUACAACUGUUGAUGAUUUUCCAGACCAACUACCCAAAAUUCCACAAACACCGAAAAAUAUUCAACCUCCUCAGCAGCAACAAAAUUGUGUGAUUCAAACAGUUGCACAAGUUCAAGCUGCUCAACAACAGUCUCCAGCUCAACCAAUUCGACAACCUGGAUUACCAACAAAUGUUCAACUUCAAGCUGUUCAACAAGCUCGUUUACCAGCUCCUCAACCGCCAGUUUUUAAUGCAAUUCCUCCUGCUUCUACUCCUGUUCCGGCUCAACAACAGCCACAACAACAGCCGAAACCGAAUCAACAACAACAAAAUCAAAAUGUCGAUAAAACUCAAAUGACAAUUUUGCCAAAUACAAUGGCUAAUGUGGUGGCACCGAAUCAAUUUCCCAAGUGA